GCUCACAAAGCAAAUAGUGAAGAUGAGCUUCUGUUCGCGAUCGAACCACUACUUGUUUAAGCUUGAGUGCAAUGGCUUCAGAAGGGUUUGCACAGCCGUGGGUUGAGUUCGAAGAGGAACUAGGUGAACGCCUGCUGCUCCAAGGACCUCUCUCCUCUUGUCAAGAUGGCUUCACAAAAAUCGUAGGCUUGAUGGUCUCCAAAUACUCCUUUCCUCCACUCGACCCCGGCGUCGACUCCGAAGACAGGGCCAUAACCGAUGGCCUUAAAGUUCGCAUAUACACCCCUCAAGGCUACAGCGGAGGCAGUCCGAUCGGCGUAUAUUUUCAUGGUGGUGGAUGGGCCAUGGGCGAUAUAGACGGAGACGACGCAUUCGCUCGAAGCAUUUCGAUAGGUGGAAAUGUGGUGGUAGUGUCAAUCGAGUACGGCCUUGCGCCGCAGAACAAGCAUCCUGGGCUCAUCAACGAUUGUUGGAAAGGACUACAAUGGGCAUUGCAGCACGCAAAGGAACUGGGGUGUGCCGAAAGUAAGGUGUUUACUUCAGGCGUCUCCGCUGGUGCAGGACUAGCUCUCGGUGUCGCGCUCAAAGCCAUUGACGAAGGCCUGGGUGGCUCGCUGGCCGGUGUGGUUGCACUCGUACCUGCGACCGUACAUCCCAAGGCCGUACCGGAGUCUCUCAAAUCACAGUACACGUCGUACGUGGAACACGAUCAGCAUACCAUCAACACAGCGAGCGCCAUGGAAGCAUUCUGGGACGCGUUUGGCGCUCCGCCCACUGAUCCACACGCCUCGCCGCUGCUCCAUUCUCGGAUCGGUGAGCUAAAGAAAGUGUAUCUUGCUGUUGCUGGUCAGGAUACGCUCCGAGAUGAUGGGUUAUUAUUCAAGCAAAAGCUUGAUGAUUCCAAAGUUGCCACCAAGUUCGACUUCUAUGAAGGAUACCCGCACUACCAUUGGACGUGGCCAUCACCCAAAUUGAAAAAACCGCGCGAGGAGUUCAAUGCCAACCUCGCGUCGGGAGUGCAAUUCGUGGUGGCGUAACAUAUAAUGUUCAUUAUUCAGAUACCACUAUUCCUAUG